ACAUGAGACGCAGGCGCAGAACUACCACUCCAGGAGGACCCGGAGGCCAUGUGGCCUCUGCGCUAGGAGAAACUACAUUUCCCAGAAAGUUUUGUACCGCCCGGGCAGAGCCUAUUCGCUUUGGAAUAGCCGGCGUGGGGACGUCGCGACCAGCGGCUGGACAUGGCUUUCUUGAUCGGAUCCGUAGGUCGCCAGUUGGGUCGCGUCAGGUGGCUCCAGCCCCGCGCCUGUCUGGGGCUCCCCGACGCUUGGGGACUCCUCGCCAUACAGCAGAACCGGGGAAAGGCGCGUGGAAAUGAGUAUCAGCCGAGCAACAUCAAACGCAAACACAAACACGGCUGGAUCCGGCGCCUGAGCACACCGUCCGGCGUCCAGGUCAUCCUUCGCCGCAUGCACAAAGGCCGCAAGUCGCUGAGCCACUGAGGAUCGCGAAGCGGCCGGCAGGACCCCCAUUAGAGCAUCUCUCUGUCCUGGGACCUCUCCUGCCGUUGUUUUUGUGGGGAGCCGGGACAACCCAGACAUGAGCGCCCCUCAAGUUGUGGAAUCGCCCCCGGGGGAGGAGUCUGGGGUUGCACUGAGAGUGGGAGUAGGAAGUCAGACCUUGCCUAGUCCCUUUCCACGCUAUUGAAUUAGGAAGAAUUUCGAACGUACGGCAAUAGUCCACAGUGAACCCCGUGUACUCAGUACACAGCUCUGACCACCAAUUACCCACAACCCACCUUCCCCCUGUGUUAUAUGGCAGCAAAUCUCAGGCAUUGGGUUAUUUUUUCUGUAUUUCAGAAUGCAUCUCUCCAAGAAAAGGGCUCUUUAAAACAUAAUCACAAAACUUUUCACAUCUAAAAAGUGGUUAACAAUUCCUUAAUAUUGUCUAAUAAAUGUUCAAAUUUCCA